AUGGCUAAUCAACGUCAGGGUCUCAACGUACCAGACAUCGACUUCGAAACCACCUGGGGCGUGCUCGAGAAGGCCUUCCUAGAGAUCCACACAAAGAACGCCUCGGCGCUAUCCUUUGAGGAGCUCUACCGCAAUGCCUACAAGAUCGUGCUCAAGAAGAAGGGCGAGGAGCUCUACAACAAGGUGGCAGAGUUUGAGGCACGGUGGCUGAGCAGUGAAGUGCGGAUGAAGAUCGUUGCGACCAUAACACCACCUCUACAGCUGCUUACAGAAGGGAGUGGCGGGAGGGCGUUGUCUUCGACGGCGGAGAGGAGAACCGCCGGCGAGAACUUCCUACGGACGCUGAAGGAGUCGUGGGAGGAUCAUGGGGUGUGUAUGGGCAUGCUUACGGAUGUGUUGAUGUACAUGGUGAGUACUCAGGCACAGCAACAUGCUGCGAACGAUGGCACUGACUUGGAGAAGGACCGAGUAUAUUGCACCGACCACAGACAACCAUCAAUCUUCGCGAAAGCAAUGGGCCUAUUCCGCGACCAAAUCCUGGGCUCACUCGAUCGACCGAACGGCACACAACUGGCUGAGAGCUUGACAAAAGUCAUACUCGACCAGAUACAGAUGGACCGAGACGGCGAGAAGAUCGACCAGCACCUCAUCAAAGCCAACGUCUACAUGCUCGAAGGCCUCUACCAUUCAGAUCAAGAGGUGGAGGAGGAGAAGCUAUACCUCCAGCUGUUCGAGCCACACUUCCUCAGCACUUCCGCCGCGUUCUAUAGGGAAGAAGGUGAGAGGCUGCUGAAAGAGUCGGACGCAGGCACAUACUGCAAGGAGGCAAAGAGACGGAUAGAUGAGGAGAGCGAUCGAUGUCGAUCAACAAUCUCUGAGUCAACUACUCCGAAAAUCCAAAAAGUGGUGGAGGAUGAGCUGAUACGGCACAAGAUGAAGGGCCUGAUUGAGAUGGAUAGUGGUGUGCAGUACAUGAUCGACAACGACAAGUUCCACGAGCUUGGCCUUGUGUUUGAGCUCGAAUCGCGGGUGGACGCUAGGAAACCCGAGCUCACCAAGGCGAUCGUCAGCAUUGUCCAGGACAUGGGUGCUGCGAUCAACAAGGCUGCCGAGACGACAUCGGUUGCACCCCCUGCGCCUGCAGGCCAAGAUGACGCUGGGGAGGACAAGCCGAAAGCUGGUAGUACGAGGCAAAUCAACCAGCAGACGGCUGCGGCGCUGAAGUGGGUGGAGGAUGUCCUGGCAUUGAAAGAGCGCUUCGAUGUCUUCUGGAAGACGUCCUUCAACUCGGAUCAAACAAUUUCGACAGCAUUAACGCGCAGCAUCUCCGAAGUCAUAAACGCAUUCAACCGCAGCAGCGAGUACAUCUCCCUCUUCAUCGACGAGAACAUGAAGAAGGGCAUCCGCGACAAGAGCGAAGCUGAGAUCGACGCCACGCUCGAGCAGGCCAUUGUCACUCUUCGCUAUUUACAGGACAAGGACAUCUUCGAGACGUACUACAAGAAGCAUCUCUGCAAGCGUUUGCUGCUGAAGAAGAGCCAGAGCAUCGACGUGGAGAAGCAGAUGAUUUCACGGAUGAAGAUCGAGCUCGGCAACUCCUUCACGCUCAAGCUGGAAGCCAUGUUCAAGGACAUGACACUGUCGGAAGAGCUGACAGGCGGCUACCGCUCACACAUCGCCCGCCUUGGCCAAGCCGACACGAAGCGCGUCGACCUCAGCAUCAACGUCCUCACCUCCAUGACCUGGCCGCUCGAAGCCUUCCGCGGCGCCGGCGAAGACGAGCGUGAAUCCCGCAACAACCUCCUCUUCCCCGGCUCCAUCGAGCGCAUCAAGACCGGCUUCGAGCGCUUCUACGCCGAGAGGUAUUCCGGUCGGAAGCUGACCUGGCAGACCAACAUGGGCGACGCGGAUAUGAAAGCCACUUUCCCACGCUCCCGCAACGGCAAGCCCAUGACCCACGACAUCAACUGCUCGACGUACGGCAUGCUGAUCCUGCUCCUCUUCAACGACCUCCCCACUACCCAGUCCCUCACGCUCGAGGAGAUCCAGGCGAAGACCAACAUCCCCUUGAACGACCUGAAGCGCAACCUGCAAUCCCUGGCUGUAGCGCCGAAGACGCGCUUCCUGGUGAAGGAGCCGAUGAGCCGCGAGAUAAACCCCGGCGACCGCUUCAGGUAUAACGAAGACUUCAGCAGCAAGAUCAUCAAGAUCAAAGUCGGCGUUGUUUCGGCGGGAAAUAAAGUGGAAGGCGAGAAGGAGCGCAAGGAGACGGAGAAGAAGAACAACGAUUCCCGCGGCUUCGCCAUCGAGGCGGCUGUUGUAAGGAUCAUGAAACAGAGGAAGGAGUUAUCGCACGCCCAGCUUCUUACGGAGACGCUGACGGUGCUGUCCGGGCAGUUCAGGCCGGAUGUGAAUAUGAUCAAGAAGCGGAUUGAGAGUUUGAUUGAGCGGGAGUACUUGGAGCGGUUGGAGGAGGCGGCUGUGCCGAGUUAUCGGUAUUUGGCGUAG